CUUGGGCCGAGCAGGAACGCACAAGGUGUGUAGACCGAGAUCUCUGCGGCCGUCUGAAUACCUCACCACCACUUAGUCAAGAAGGAGGUUGCCAUGUGGCCAGCCAUGCCCAAUUGCCCAUCUUAUAUGAUGUGGCUGUGCCCCCAAAGCCUGUCAGCCGUCAAGGACGGCAGGGAAGGGUUGGCCCCACAAUGGUGUGGCAAGUGUUACCCCCCAUAGCUGUGUGCCUGAAGGGACACCUGAGGUGGUGGAACCUAGGGUGGUUGCCUGGCUUGGGGCUCACUUGGGUUACCUGAUACAUGGCCUACUAUCUUCCCAGCUCAUCCCAAACACGGCCCUCUUCUCACCAACUUCUCUCAGGGAACACAGCAUCUCAGGGCUACAUGGGGAGAGAGAUCCAGCCACCUGCAUCCUACACCACAACCUUCCCUUACUGCCAAUGGCUUCACAUCUUGGUUCACCAGGAGACAGCUGCUCCCAAGUAUGGUGCAUUUCCUCAGCACCUAGGCUUGGCAGAUCCUCUUGGCCUCCAGGCUUGGCAGUGCAGCGUGGCAGAUCACAUUGUUCUCCAGGGUUAGCAGAUCAUCUUGGACUCCAAGCUUGUCAUUUCACCUUGGUCUCUAGGCUUAGCAGAUUGCGUAGGCCUCCAGGCUUGACAGAUCACCUUGUUCUCCAGUCCUGGGCCAUCAGUAUGGUCUCCCAACUGUCUCUGCCUUCAGACUUGGCAGGCUGCCUGGCCUGUAAGUUGGGUAGACCAUAUUAGCCUACAGGUGUGACCAUCUACUUCGUCUUCAUGCUGUGAUGACUGAAGGUAAUCAGAAUCUUCAAGUAUCGGGAGCUACAACUGCCAUUAAGGAAGAGUGAACCUAACUAGUCUCAUCUUUUGAUCAAAAUUUCAAAGUGAAGACUAAUUAAAGUUGUCUUUUGAUCAAGAUUUCAAAUGAUUAUAUAUUCAAGAUAGACAAAAGAAAACAAAACAUUGCACAGUGAAAUAUUAGAGGGCAUUGGAGCUGCUAAGUCCCACUGCCCCUUUCCAGUGCAGAUAAAGACAACAACACCUAAGCAUUACUGACCAAGUUUAAUGCAGCAUCACAAGUCCUGCACUCAGGUGUCCACUUUGUCCUACAUGCUUCCAGGAUACCAAACAACUGAAGUUUGGUGCUAUACGUAGAUGAAAUGUUUAUGAAGACCAUGGUAUUAGUGAAUGAAUUAAAACAACUUUCUUCUGAAUUCUGAUGCUUUUCAUACCAUUUGUGGCUCUUAAGAAAACCUGGCCUGUGUUAUGGUAUGGGAAGUAGCUAAGCAUUAUCACAUCUACUGCCACUUCACAUGUUUUUCUGUUGUGGCAGGGAAGAAAUGCUCUGGAAUUCUCAAUAAAGGUAUUUUAGAUUGAACAAGAUCUAGAAUUACCUUUCGAAAGUUGAAACUUAGCAUGAUGCAGUAACAGUAACUGUAUAGUGCUUCAUUGUUCCAUGGUUAUAAUCAGGUGGAGAAAGUUGGAAGGCAUGUAGGAUAAACCUGAAUUGGCGUGCACUCAAGAAGCAUGUUGCUGCUGAUCAUCUCGGAUGCAAUACGAUUUUAGGCAGUACUGAGCGGUGGCUCUCGUCAACAACUGCAAGAGGUACCACGUCUGAGCUUCAGGUUGUGAUGUGUGAAGUGAUGGUGAGUGGUGAUUGCUAAUUUGGUCCACACUUAGUGAUAUGUUGCCCUACCUGCAACUGCUCCCAGCAUCUGACGCCAGCUGGUAAAGUUCAGUGCACUUUCUGAUGCCCUUAACAGGUGCUACAAAAGGAUAAGUGCCUCAGGUGUCUGGGUCUGUGAGCCGGGGGUAUCCGGGCUCUUCUUCGGCAGCACACCGCCCAGCCCAGCCUGACCCCCUGAGGCAGUGUUGCAUUGAGAGAGAUCCCAGAUUUCUGAAGCUUGAAUCCAAGACUGAACGUCACCCUCCAACCAGACUGCAUUCCCAACUGGCCCAGUUCUGAUGCAACACCUGUUCCUUUCAGAGUGGCAUGAGCUCUGCUCCCUCACUAAUGUGUGUCAAGACCUGAGCUCUGCCACACACACUUUCAGGAUGUAAAGGAAUCAGUCUCCAACUUGGGCAGGAGAUUGCUUCUUCGUGGUCAGCAUUAAUAUUCUAAAGAUUCUACUUAACUGAGCCACUUAGGUAAGCCUCCACUCCAGGAUGUCUGAAAGAUACAGCCGGCCCUGUACUCCUCCUGGUGCUCCCCCAGGACCCCGUAAUAAGACCUCUGUCCGUGGCCCCUCAGCCUCGGCCUCCACGUCCUCCUCCUCGAAGCCCAAGAGUUAUGAUGAUACGUAUGAUAAAUAUGAUAAAGAGUACAAGACUUCUUACCAGCCUAAGACUUACUCAGAUGACAAAUACAAGGGAAAUGACGUGAGAAAGAUAAAUGAUAAGGUGCCAAAUAAGCUAAUUAGCAAAAAUGACAUUUAUGGUGAUAUUUACAAAUCUAGAGACGUAAGUUACUCCGGUGAAAGAUAUGGAGAGAAAUCUCUAUACACCCAGAGAUACACAGAAAAAGGACGUUACCCAGAGAAGUGUCGAAUAGAAACCAGUAGUCAGCAAUAUAGUAGCAAAUAUAGAAGUAGCAAAUUCACAAACGAGUAUGAUAGCUAUCCAGAGAAAACAAGUAGGUAUCCCAAGCACGAGAGUGAUGCAUACUAUGGUGGGUCGGGAAGUUCGUAUGACAAUUACAACUCGUAUGACAGCUAUGGGGGUGAUAGGCACAGAGCUGGUGGUUAUGGAGCGGAGAAGUCAUUGGGUGCUGGAAGUUACAGUGGGGACAAGUAUGGAGGAAGAGGAGGCAUUACAAGCUAUGGGACGGACAAACUGGGCAUCGGAUAUGGAGGGGACAAACACAGCAGAGGUGACAGUAGUUAUGGGGGGGACAAGCACAGAGGUGGUGGAAGUUAUGCAAGUGAUAAGGUUGCUGGUGGAAGCAGCCUAUCCUAUGAUCAUAAACUUGGUGGAGGAACAAGAAGCAGACUCUAUCCAGAAGAGGAUCGGCAGCUGUAUCGAGACUACAGCCCUAUUAGGACCCUAAGGUCACCUCUUAGUAGUGGUGUUGCAGGAAGCUAUGAUGGUUAUGACAGGUACUCCCCACCACCAAGGUCUCCAGAUCGGCAGUAUCUUGAUAGGUAUGUUAUUGGGGAUAGUGUGGUGUAUGGUCCGCCAGGUCAGUACCCUCGAAACCUAGGUCAAGUGUCCCCCCAUGGUCGACCACCCACGCCCCCAUCCCCGCAGCCUGUUUCAUCGAGAGAGUACUCGAGAUACUCAACAACUAGCCCUCGAAGACAUUGGUCAGGUGGAAGACGGAGCCCGCCGUUGCCGUCAGCAGGCCAGAGCCGCUACCGAUCCUUGUCGCCUCUUCCCAGCACAACCCCUCCUCGUCGGCCGCCAUCACCGCCGGCAAGGAGACCACCCUCACCCCAUAGUCCUUAUAUUUCCACACAUUGUAGGAGCAGAGAGAGAAGCUAUGACCGCUCAAAAGACAGAUAUGAAAGUAAAGGAAGAAUUUCAAGUACAGCGAGAAGUCCCGUUAGAGAGAGUAGAGCAUUGCCUGAUAGAAGAGGAAGUGAAAGAAGCAGAGGAGGAGAGAGAGAGAGGAGAAAAGAACCAGAAAGAAGGGUUAGCUCAAGAGAGAGAACCCACGACUCGGAUACUGUGAAGCGAGGGAGAGCCGUGGAAAGGAACUCUGACUGUAGAAGCACCAGUGAUGUUAGGAGUUGGACAAAGGAUAACAAUCACUCAGGAAGUAGUCAAAAUCAGGAGAAAGACAGAGGUCGCAGUGACAGACGGUCGCGCACUCCUCCAAGUCGCAGUGCUCGCCAGGAUCUGCCAAAGGACAGAAGACGAGAGAGCAGCAGAGAACGUGACAGAAGUAGACGAAUAGAAGAUAGGCUUGGGCCGUCCCCUGCUAGCACGAGGAGGAGCCCAGUUUUGAGGGCUAGAGUUUCACGAAGAGCAACUUCUCCAAGAGAUAAAAAGAGGAGCAGACGACCUGAUGAUCUUAGGCUCUGGAUUGAAUCUCGAAAGUCUGAGGGAAGUAAACGGCCACUGUCCCCAAGUAGGUCACGCCUCCUCCCCAAACGACCAGCCAGAUCAAGCGAGAGGUCGUCAGUGGUGAAGAGGUCAAGGCUAGGUGAUCCCAAGAAACGACUAGGGGGAGGAAAGGCCAGAAGGCGACCCUUGCCAAUAAAGAAAAACAGGAUUCUAAAGAAAUAUAGAAGAUUGACAGCAAAAAGAGGCCCACGUAGUGCACCUGGAGGGAGCAAAACAACCAACAGAUCCAACAAGGACAGCAGUAGUAAUCGGGCCGAUGGUGAGAACAAUGACGAUGGUGACGAGGGAGAAACCGGCAAUAGCAAGCCUGGAAGCACAGCCACAAUACGCAGAGUCAUCAAGAAACCCAAGAAUGAUCCUUCAGCCUCGCAGUCGAACAAAGAUGGGGGUUCACCACCUAAAGAAGAGAAGCCUACGAGCUCUGCCUCAGAAUCUAACAGGAGACCUUCAAGAACCUUUUGAGAUACUUGAAGAGAAUUUACUGGAGAAUAUUAGUGCAAAAAUACUGUAAAGUACUUUGGUAACUCCAGAACAAUAUGGAUUGUUUCAUGUGUUUGAAAAUUUGUGGCAAUGCAAGUAAUAGCUUGUAGUUAGAAAAGUGUUUUAUAGAUGAAAAUAUCUAAAGGAGCCAAUUAUAUUUUUUUCAUUUUUCAUGUUAUUUUAUAACAGGCGUUUAGAGUAAUGUUAUUUUUUGUGGACUGGAUUAUUAAAAUGAAUUGUUGCUGUUUCCUUAUAGCUGCUUUUGAAGUAUUUUUUAUGAAUAAAUUCUAUUUGAUAUUUUCUUUUGAUAGUCCAUUAUAUGAUGUGUUAUAUGCAGUUUCUUACAACUGAUAGAAUUGGAAUAUGUCAAAACUGUAAGGAAAACUACAAGCUCUGCUAAUGUUUUCUCAAUGUGACAGUUCAGUACUAUGAACUGGUAUAAAGAUUGCUCCUUGUUAAGAGCAGUCACUCUGUUGAUGUAGAUAGUAGCAAGUAAGUCUGGAGAUGUUUAUAUUCUCAGAGUUAUUAGAGUGUGCCUUUUGUCACUUUCUGACAAAACAUGUUACUAGAUUUUAAAAUUUAUUUUGCAAUAAUUUCUUUUGACAUUGUCUUCAGUUGAUGUGCGUAAUUGCUAUGCAUAGUGAUUUUCUGUACAUGCCUGCCUUCUUGGACAUGUAACCCUUUGUUCUGUUUUCUUUUCUUUAUUUCUCAUUUGCAAUAUUAAAAAAUGUGAGCAUAGGUAUUUAUUUGAUGAUUUCAGAGUGCAGUUAUCUAAUUUCACCCCCUCUCUCUUCAGAGGUUAUGUUUACUGAUUUUACUCAGACUAAGGAUGUGCUUCUGUAACAAUAAACAGUGAUAAACCAA